AUUAAAAAUUAAUUAGAAGAAAAGAAAUGUUCCUUUAAUGACUUUUUGUGCUGGCCAGAAAUGUUACAAUAUUUACAAAGUCAAGAGAUUGAUGCAGGGCUACUUCAAUUACUGUCAUACAUUGCAAAUAUCGUUGCUGGACAAGGUCUGUAGCUCUUUGGUCAGCAAGUCUGGCAAUGAUGCUACUGCUGCUGAUGCAAAGAAUUCUGGGACUUCUGACAGUGAAAUGGAUGGAAGAACACACAUUCCAUCUCUACUUACUGUUCUUUUGUGCAGAAAUCGGGUCAUGCAAGUGAGCUACUUGAAAAGUAAAGAAAAAGGAUAUGGAAAACUAAGCAGUGAUGAAGACCUCGAAAUAAUUGUUGAUCAGAAACAGGGAAAAGGCUCUAGGGCGGCAGAUAAGGCUGUUGCCAUGGUGAUGAAGGAGAUACCGAGGGCGGAGUCUGCCGAGGAAAAGCCCCUCCUAACUAUGACAUCACAGCUGGUGAAUGAGCAGCAGGAAAGCAGGCCCCUCCUGAGCCCCUCCAUCGACGACUUUCUCUGUGAAGCCAAGACGGAGGCAGCAGCACGGCCAGUAACGUCCAACACCGCCGUAUUGACCACAGGCUUAGAUCUCCUGGACCUGAGUGAACCUGUCUCUCAAACCCAAACCAAAGCCAAGAAGUUGGAGUCCUCAUCGAAAACCUCAUCCCUCAAGAAAAAGGCUGAUGGAUCCGACCUCAUCAGCGCAGAGGCUGAGCAGAGAGCCCAGCCUCUUCGAGGCCCGGACACAGCAUCACUGGAUUUAGACAUUCAAACCCAGCUGGAAAAAUGGGAUGAUGUUAAGUUCCAUGGAGAUCGAAAUAGCAAAGGACAUCCACUGGCAGAAAGAAAAUCAUGCUCAUCUAGAGCUGGAUCAAAAGAGCUCUUAUGGUCCUCUGAGCACCGGUCUCAACCAGAACUAAGCAGCGGAAAAAGCGCCCUCAAUUCUGAGUCAGCUUCGGAGUUAGAAUUAGUGCCCCCAACACAGGCUCGACUGACCAAAGAACAACGCUGGGGAAGUGCAUUGCUCUCCAGAAACCACUCCUUAGAAGAGGAAUUUGAAAGGGCCAAAGCAGCAGUGGAGUCAGAUACAGAGUUUUGGGAUAAGAUGCAAGCAGAAUGGGAAGAAAUGGCCCGGAGGAACUGGAUCUCUGAGAACCAAGAAGCCCAGACCCAAGUUACCAUCUCAGCCAGCGAGAAGGGCUACUACUUUCACACUGAAAAUCCCUUCAAGGACUGGCCGGGGGCGUUUGAAGAAGGCUUGAAGCGGCUGAAGGAAGGGGACCUACCAGUUACCAUCCUGUUCAUGGAAGCAGCGAUUCUGCAGGACCCUGGGGAUGCAGAGGCUUGGCAGUUCCUUGGGAUAACCCAGGCAGAGAAUGAAAAUGAACAAGCUGCUAUUGUCGCCCUCCAGAGAUGCCUAGAAUUGCAGCCCAACAACUUGAAAGCGUUGAUGGCCUUGGCUGUGAGUUAUACCAACACCGGCCAUCAGCAGGAUGCCUGUGACGCACUGAAGAACUGGAUUAAGCAAAAUCCAAAAUACAAAUAUCUUGUGAAGAGCAAGAAAGGAUCUCCUGGGCUCACCCGGCGGAUGUCUAAGUCUCCAGUUGACAGCUCUGUUCUGGAAGGAGUGAAGGAAUUAUAUCUGGAAGCUGCCCACCAAAAUGGAGACAUGAUCGACCCAGACCUACAAACAGGGCUGGGGGUCCUGUUUCACCUGAGUGGAGAAUUUAAUAGAGCAAUAGACGCAUUUAACGCUGCCUUAACUGUUCGGCCAGAGGACUACUCCUUAUGGAACCGUCUGGGGGCCACCUUGGCGAACGGGGACCGCAGCGAGGAGGCGGUGGAAGCCUACACGCGUGCACUGGAGAUCCAGCCUGGCUUCAUCCGCUCCAGAUACAACCUGGGGAUAAGCUGCAUCAACCUGGGCGCCUAUAGAGAAGCUGUCAGCAAUUUUCUCACUGCCCUCAGUCUGCAAAGGAAGAGCAGGAAUCAACAGCAAGUUCCUCAUCCUGCAAUCUCUGGGAACAUCUGGGCAGCCCUCAGAAUCGCGCUUUCUCUGAUGGACCAACCGGAACUCUUCCAGGCGGCUAAUCUGGGUGAUCUGGAUGUCCUCCUCAGAGCUUUCAACUUGGAUCCUUGAAGGAAAAACAAAAAGCUUCUUUGCCCAUGUAAUUGUAUUGGAAAAACUGCAACGUUAUUUUAUUAUGAAUUUCCAAAAGUACCAAGAAAAUGUUCCAAAGGCCCUGGUUGAUAUGACCUGUCCAGUCUCUGUUCUAUUCCAAAAGCACAAAACCUUGUAUAUAGAGUCAAAGGGAGGCUUGAAAGAAGACUUUAGAGACUCAGGACAAACCAAGAGAAAGUAACUGUGUCCUUUGGGGUUUUGCUCCCAUUUGCAGCUGAUGAUGCAUUGAAGGCAUUUGCUCUUGGGCCACCUGGAGAAUGCACUGCCUCAGAUCACAGAAUUCUGAUUUUCAGAACUGUCGACUGAAAUUUCCCCUUUUGUAAGGUUGAACAUAGUUUGGGCCAAGGCGCAUGCACAUAUAUUAACUCUUGACUAAAGAGAGGCAUUGCUUAAACCUGUUCCAAUUUUAACUUUUCCUGUAGCCCUUUGAUUCCAGAGAGGAAGCUUUGCUGGCAAAAGCAGUUUUUGCACUAGACAUUUUUGCUGUUCCCAAUCAGAACUUUUCUGGGACUGUAUAUAUGCACUUUAAUAUCUUGUUUUAGCCUUGCUGGAGUUUUGUUUCGUUGCUCCACUUUUUAACUUGGGAGUGAAAGAUUUGAGAACCCGGCCUUGUUAGAUCAAUGGACCAAAUAAAAAUGCCUGAAAAUA